AUGACCAAUGUUCAUAUGCCUGUUCGUGAAUGGUUGUCGGAAAAUGGAAUAAAAGCGAAGAAUUUGGAAUUAUUUGCUUAUCUUGUGGAUUGCAAAUUUCCUCAUGUAUCUUCCAAUAAAUGUGAUUAUAAAGUUGUAAUCAAUUGCAUUAUUAUUAUAAGAAUGGCCUUUUUCACUUUCAGUACCAAUAUUCUACCUUUUCGACGAGAUCUUACGCUAGUAACUCCAGAGACACUUGGUUCGGCAAAAGAUUGGCUGAACGCUCUAACUUGCGGUGGUUCAACAAAUACCAGACUAGCAUUGGAAUAUGCUCUCUCGGAUAUCUUGACGGAGGAAGUUUAUCUUGUCACAGAUGGUCGGCCUGAUCAACCAACUGAUGUUCUUUUGGCCCAAUUUGGUCCAUCCAAAAUACCUAUUCACACAGUCAGUUUUCAUUGCUACGAUACAAAAGCCAAUGAAUUUUUAGCGGGGUUGUCCAAAGCAACUUGUGGUCGUUUCAACUGCUUCGAUAGGGAAGGUACUACUAUUCCCGUUUAUGAGAGUGAAGACAUUCGACUCUUACGGGAGGAACUGCUGAUCGGUAAAGCUAGUUUAGAGAUGAUCCGAGAACUUUAUCAUCAAUGCUACUCUAAGCAAAAAGGAAGGACGGAUAUUGUAAAACCAACAUCAGCUAAAGACAAUAUUACAAAAGUUGAAGACGUUUUGAUCUCUCCUCUUAAGAUGCGCAAGAAAAAGAUAGGAAUAAACCACCCAAAGAAGGAAGCAAUAUCUCUCGUGAAUAAAGAUGAAAAAGGCUUGACAAAUAAGAAACCAGUCGAAGAUCUUAUAGCUGUAGAUAAAUUUAAUGGUAUCAUUUACUUUUUGUUCAAUAGUAGCAAAGGUCCAGUUAAAUCAAUCGAAAUUUGGCUAAGCAAAUAUGGAUUGAGGACCAAGAAACUGAAUCCAUAUCACUUGGUUAAACCGUUCAUUCUUCGGCUUCCAGCAAUAUAUCGAAGGAAUUUGCACGAAGAAACUUUCGCUCAGCAACUUUUCGCAAAGAUGCAUUCAGUCAUUUCAGCAUCUUUUGAUGCAGAAUUAUUCAUUAACCAUUGCUCUAAACUAAGGGAUUCAAUAAGCACAAUCGAGAGGUGA